AUGGGUUCAAGUAAAUCAAUGUUAAAGCGGUCUAUGAUACGUGGUGAUGAAAUACAAGUUUUACAAGUUUAUCGUUCUCGUUCCGAUAUUCGACGCCAUAUUGAUCCUAAUCUAGUAUUAAAUGAAGAUGGUGAUACAUUUGUACAUUAUGCAAGUCAUUUUGCUAUGAAAACAUUUCUCAGUGUAACUCAAUAUUUUAAUUUUAAUAAUCUUAUUAAUUUUGGUUUACAUAUAAAAUCAUGGUUUGGAAUUUAA